GUGGGGCACGAGAGACGCUGUCUGUGGGAGACGGGAGACGCGUCUUUCAUCCGUGGAAAAACAGACGACAGCCGCGAAAGAAGAAAAAAGCCGGGAGGAGCAGUUUUAGCUUCCUAAUAGACGGUAGUCCCUACCGUUAUUCUAAACAGUGUAAACUAAAAACAACGAGAGUGAGACGGCUGUUUCGGUGCCACCGAGUGGAACCUUUUCGUGAGGCCAGCACAUCUACAGUUCCCGGAGUGAGAAGAAAGGGACAGUGAGUGACAGAACCAUCGGCCGACGGAGCUGAGACGCCAUGCUGGCGGGAUGUGCACUGAAAUACUGACCAGCAGGAGCCUGGACCAUGGACGGGGAGAACCGCAUCAUCCUCAACGUGGGCGGCAUCCGGUUCGAGACGUACAAGGCCACGCUGAAGAAGAUCCCGGCCACGCGGCUGUCCCGGCUGACCGAGGCGCUCGCCAACUUCGACCCCGUGCUCAACGAGUUCUUUUUCGACCGGCACCCGGGCGUGUUCGCGCAGAUCCUCAACUAUUACCGGACGGGGAAGCUGCACUACCCGACCAACGUGUGCGGCCCACUGUUCGAGGAAGAGCUGGAGUUCUGGGGCCUCGACUCGAACCAGGUGGAGCCCUGCUGCUGGAUGACCUACACCAAACACAGGGACACACAGACAACGUUGGCGAUUCUGGACAAGCUCGAUUUGGAUUCGGAACACCCGUCCGAGGAGGAGAUCGCCAGAAAAUUCGGCUUCGAAGAGGACUACAUGGCUGGAAAACUUUCCUGCUGGCAAACUUUGAAGCCAAAAGUUUGGAGUCUUUUCGACGAGCCGUAUUCUUGUGUAGCAGCAAAGAUAGUAGCGGUCAUAUCAGUGUUUUUCAUCGUCAUCUCGAUCCUGUCGUUCUGCCUAAAGACACACCCCAACAUGCGAGUGCCUGUGAUAGACAACGUCACUGUGACCGGUGUCAAUAACACCGUGCAUUGGACGCUGGACAAAAACCGCACCAACCCGCACAAGGCCUUCUUCUUCGUCGAGCUGGCCUGCAACAUGUGGUUCACCUUCGAGAUCAUCAUCCGCUUCAUCGUCAGUCCCAACAAGCUCGACUUCAUCAAGUCGCCGGUCAACAUCAUCGACUUUAUCGCUACGCUCAGCUUCUACACGGACAUGCUGACCGACUUCCUGCUGAACAAAUUCAACAAGAACCUCACCAACACCAACGCCGACAUCCUCGAGUUCUUCAGCAUCAUUCGCAUCUUGCGGCUCUUCAAGCUGACCCGGCACUCGCCCGGACUGAAGAUCCUCAUCCACACGUUCAAAGCCAGUGCCAAAGAGCUGACUCUCCUCGUCUUCUUCCUCAUACUCGGCAUCGUCAUCUUCGCGUCGCUGGUCUACUACGCCGAGCGGCUGCAGGCCAACCCGUACAAUGACUUCAAGAGCAUCCCGGAGGGCCUGUGGUGGGCGAUUGUCACCAUGACCACUGUCGGCUACGGCGACAUGGUGCCCAAGACGUACGUGGGGAUGCUGGUGGGCGCGCUGUGCGCCAUCGCCGGCGUGCUCACCAUCUCGCUGCCCGUGCCCGUCAUCGUCUCCAACUUCUCCAACGUCUACUCGCACACGCAGGCUCGCUCCAAGUUGCCGAAGAAGCGGCGGAGAGUGCUGCCGGCCGAGCACAGCCGCCGGGGACCGCGGCGGGAGCCGGGCGGCUUCCAGCGGCGGAUGAACGCCAUCAAACACCACCCCAACGCCAAGCAGCCACACCCCCUGCACCAGCUGAACACUGUGAACGGCGUCGGCGGUGGCUCGGCGCUGAGCCCCGGUGCUUUCGCCCCGGGAGUCUCUCCAGCGGCCGGCGCGGCCGCCCCUCUCCAGGCCCGACCCCCGGCCACCCUGGGUAUCAUCCUCGGCGUCAGGAGACAAGGAGCUGGUCUGCUGGUGCCACCCGGCCAGCCGAGCUUGGCUCCGUCGAUGCCGCCGAUCGAGAGCCGGCCACCCCUGCCCGGGUCCCUGGCCGAGCCACGGCCGGCGGUGGCACCGGCGCCCGGUCCGGCCCGGCCGGCCGCGCCGCCGGCCCCGGUGGAGGGUCAGCCCGUGCAGCAGUCGCCGCCGUCUGCCGUCACCCCGCCGCCGCCGCUCACCGUGCCAGAGGUGCUCAUCGAGACCCUGCCGUCCUGUCCCGACACGAUUGGCGUCGAAACUCCGCUGCUGCCCAUAUCAGACGACGGACCGGUGAUUGGGGGCGACGGCAGCGCCCCCAGCGCCGCGGCGGCGACCGCGGCAACUACCGCGGCCGAUGUCAUCGUCGAGUGCGACGCCACGCCGCCGCCGGAGAGAGCGGAGGAGCGGAGAGAGGAGGAGAGCGGCGGCUGGCCGGCGGUGACCUGCCGCCCGGAGGCCACCACCGGCGACGGUGUCGACGAAAUUCUCACCGCCGACGAGAGUACGAGACUCAUCUGCGAUGAGCGCAAGUUCGAUCGAAAUGACGACAACGACAAUCCGCUAGUAACGGCAGUCAUGCCGACAUCCGAGGUCUCCAUCGUCCUCACCAACUCGUCACCGACCGAGAUGGAGGAGACGGACGGCCUGAUGUCGUCCCUCGUCACUGUCACGCCCGGCGUCACCCUGUGACGUCACAACUGACGUCAGUGCGCGGGACCGCUGAGAGGACAGCUUGGGACGUCUGGUGAUGUGAUUUACGGCUGACGUCAGUGGCGGAUGACGUGUGUGAUGUCGCUCUGAUGUGGCAAAGAACUGCUAGUGAUAAUUGAGUACCUAUACGCUCCACGUGCUAAACUCUCACAAGAAAGACAGUGAAGAUAAACGAUAUCAUAACAGUGUAGGGUGUCUGGUAAUGAGCAGUCGCUGACUUCCGUGACAAGGCAUGGCGGACGCAAUUAAGAUAACGUCGAUCUUAUUUAGGGGAAGCGG